AUGUCAAAACUUCAAGUUUCGGUUGUGAAAGGAUCACAACUUCAGUGCAAAGAUUUGAAUGGUUCUAGUGAUCCAUUUGUAGUAAUAACCAUCAAUCCGAAUGAUUCUCUCAUCAAGUUGCCAUUUUCCAAAUCUAAUGAACAAAAGACUAAAGUACAAUACAAAACUUUGGAUCCGGAAUGGAAUGAAGAAUUUACUUUCGAUCAAGUCAAACCAAGUGAUACUUUGAAAUUUGCAGUUUUUGACAAGAAUAAACUGUUAAUGAAUGUUGCAAUGGGAAAGGUCGAGAAAACCAUUGCAGAUUUUACGAAACUUGCCGAAAAGGGACCAUUCUGGUUGGAUUUGGAACAAGUUAGAAAUGGUAAAAUACUUGUGAAUGUUUCUCUUGGUGCUUCUGAUAUGAAAUCUUCGUCAAGUUCUGGAAGUUUGUCAUCCACUAGCUCAAGUUCUGAAAAAUCUAAAAGUGCAUCUUCAAAUAGUAAUAGUGGUCCAACGGAAGAAACUAUUGAAGAACAUUUGAAUAGAUUUAAAAAACAAGCAGAUGAAAUUGAAAGAAAGAUUACUGUGGAUCUGGUGAAUGAAAUUAACAAAUUGGAAAGUCUUUCUAAUAAGGUACAAACUGAAUCAAAUUCUAAAGUUUUGGAUGAACUUUCAGGUAAAAUGAGAGAACAAGUUGAUGUUACUUCUAAACUUUCAUCUACAAUUCAAGAGGCCAUUAAGGAAAUUUCCAUCGAAACUUCCUCAAUUAAAGAAGCCAUGAAAGAAGAGAAUGCCAUCACUCGUCUCAGAUCUCAACAACAGCAAAAACUCAUUCAACUCUUCAUGCAAGAAAUGGAUAAAUUCCAAUCUGUACAACAAGAAUGCAAACAAAGCAAGAUUGGUCGUGUGAAACGUCUCUUUGACAUUUAUGCUAAAGGAAAUGGUAAAAAUGCAGCAUCACCAUAUGCUGACCUAACUCCUCAAGAGAUUGAGACCAUGAUUGUGGAAGAUAAAUUGCAAUUCCAAGAAUUAUUGAAGGGUGACACUAAAUAUGCCUUGACUCAAUCUCAGGAAGCAACUUUGGAUGUGGAAUAUCAACUUGCAAAGGAAAGUAAUGAAGAUAUCAAACAAUUAUACUUUUCCAUGGUUCAACUCAAUCAAUUAUUCCAAGAUUUUGCCAAUCUCGUUGAACACCAAGAUGAAUUAUUGGACUGCAUUGAAUAUAACAUUGCUCAUGCCAAUGAGUGUGUCGUGAAUGGUGUGAAACAUAUUAAGGACAGUAACAAGUUGAGACAAUACACAAGUCCACUUGGAAUUUUGAAGGCAAUUCCUAUUUUGAAGUAAUAAUUGAAACCAGGAUUAAUAAACUCAUUUUCACUUCCCUUG